GCACUUCCAAUUAAAAUUUACAAUAUGCCUUCCAACAAGGAUUGGUCGAUGUUCAAGAUGAGUUGGUCUUUCCAGAUUGGCUCUACUAGAGGAAACAUCGAGCCUAUCGACCCGCUUCAGACAACACCAGAAUCUCAGCAGAAAGCUAGUAACCAGAUCAGCAAGGAGAAGAUACAGCAGAUCAAGAGAGAUCAGAUGAGCAACUAUCGAGCAACACUCCCUCGUCAUCCAGCAGUCAAGCUCUUUGGCCAAAUGUUGAUGGUUAAUGUCGAUUUCCAUCCCAGAAUCGGUCAGCAUCCCACGGAUGUUCCAACUCUCCUUGAACUACUCCCAGAGUAUGACUUCUUCACACGUUUUAUUCAUGUCACAUUCCACGACGAGCUUUCAGAACUAGACACUGACGAGAGUUAUCAACGUAGAGAGACCAUCCAGAGUAUUAUGUCUAUGUUAAACAGUUUCCAGGACAUCAAGCGAUUCACUGCCGUGAGAACGAUUUGACGAGCAUGUUUUUACUCGGAUGAAAUCAGUUCUUGCA